UGGUGGUGCCGGAAGAAAAGAUGGCGGAUCAUGACGAGCAGCUAUCCGACGACGAAAAGGUACGCAUAGCAGCCAACUUUGUCAUCCAUGCUCCGCCAGGAGAGUUCAACGAAGUCUUCAAUGAUGUGCGAUUGCUGCUCAACAAUGACAAUCUUCUCAGGGAGGGUGCAGCGCAUGCAUUUGCACAGUACAACUUGGACCAGUUUACCCCUGUGAAAGUCGAGGGCUAUGAAGAUCAGGUCUUAAUCACAGAGCACGGUGACCUUGGGAGCGGUCGGGUCCUGGACCCAAAGAACAAGAUCUCCUUCAAGUUUGACCACCUGAGGAAGGAGGCCAGCGACCCGAGACCCCAUGAUGUUGACAGCUCUAUGGAAGGCUGGAGGAAUGCUGUGGACUCAGCCGUGAGAGCUUAUGUCAAGGAGCACUAUCCCAGCGGAGUGUGCACCAUUUAUGGAAAGACCAUCGACGGACAUCAAACCAUCAUCGUGUGCAUCGAGUGCCAUCAGUUUCAACCCAAAAACUUCUGGAAUGGACGCUGGAGGUCAGAAUGGAAGUUUACCGUCUCCCCCUCCACCACUCAAGUGGCAGGAAUCAUGAAAAUCCAGGUUCAUUACUAUGAGGAUGGAAACGUUCAGCUGGUGAGCCACAAGGAGGUCCAGGAGUCCAUGUCCAUUUCUAAUGAGGCUUCAACUGCUAAGGAGUUUGUUAAGAUCAUGGAGGCUGCAGAGAACGACUAUCAGACGGCCAUCAACGAGAAUUACCAGACCAUGUCGGACACUACCUUCAAAGCCUUACGCCGCCAGCUUCCUGUGACUCGCACCAAGAUUGAUUGGAACAAGAUCCUGAGCUACAAGAUUGGAAAGGAGAUGCAAAACGCCUAAACAGCAGAGAAGAGUACAGACAGAUCACCCUGACCCCCUUUCCCCUCCCAAACAAUGUUGCAUGACUGGAUAGUUGUAUCGUCUUUGUACAAUGAUUAGAGCAAAUGGGCAAAGAAAGGUUUGGUCUCAGACAUCACGUCUUUCUUUCCACUCACUGUUAACUCUUUUGUAUAUUGGAUCUAUGAAAAUAAAGGUUAUUAUAUUUUGGGGGGAAAAAAAUCAAAAAACAUUGGAAUACAUAGGAAUAAUAAAACACCUGUAUGCAGCAACCGUACACGACCACCUGUGCAAUAUCUGUUGUCAGUGAGACCACAUCUUCAUUUUGACCCAAUGGAAAAAAAAAACAGUUUGGAUUUUCGAUUGUGGUAAAAACAAAACAUUUUUGGGAGAAUUUUUGUCUCCGUUUACAAAAAGAGGUCAAAUAUUACAGCUUGAUCCAACAAGUCCCACCAGCUCACGGCUCAGUCAAAUAUAAACACGCUCUUCAAUGAAAAGUCUUCACUGACUGGUAUUUCUGGCACAAUCGACAGCCACUCCUUGUUCUUGUUCUCUUGUUUUGGUACUUCCCUCACCGUCUGUCCUGUCUGUGAGAUUCUCAGCGCUCCUCGCCUUUCUGGACUCUCAUUCAGCGCAGAGAGUUCUGACCACCUAACAAGCUUCGUUAACAAGACAUGAGUCGCUAAAAAAAUGUGCAUAUUGUCUUCUAAUUUACAAUAAAAUCAAAAAAGUAUCACUUUCUCCUCCAGUGCUUAUUUUUAUUAAAAACAAAACCUGACUGUAUUAUAUUACCAAGGCACAUUGUAAUAUAUAUACCUGUAUGAAGCAUCCUGUCUGUCAGCUUGGUGAUUUAUUUCCAUGAGAUUACUUGUAAUUCAGUCACAAUUAUGUUGGAUUAAACGACAAAUUUUCUAUUUACA